CAGAGUAAGAGCAAACAAACAAAAAGAAUCUAAACAGGUUGUUUUAUAAAAACCCACAUUUGAUCAUAGCAUUCAUAAACCACAACCGAUUUUGAUCAUUAUCUCACUAACAAAUGGCUUUGCUUUUUCAUGUUCCCAUUAACAAAUCUCAACACCUUCCCAUGAAGAUUCAUGCCACCCAUGUCACACCAUCUCCUCCCCAAAUCACACUUGAACCGCUACGCAUACCCAAAACCAGUUUCAAAUUCGAUACCUACAUGACCGAAAAGGCGAAGCUCGUUAACGACGCGUUAGAACAAGCCGUGCCAUUACAAGAACCAUUGAAAAUACACGAGGCGAUGAGGUACUCAUUGCUCGCCGGAGGGAAACGAGUGCGCCCCAUUCUAUGUCUCUCCUCGUGUGAGCUCGUUGGCGGUACGGAGGGGUGCGCUAUGGCAAUGGCUUUGGCUGUUGAAAUGGUCCACACCAUGUCAUUAAUACAUGAUGAUCUCCCAUGCAUGGAUAAUGAUGAUUUAAGAAGAGGCAAGCCCACCAACCACAAGGUUUACGGUGAUGACACCGCGGUUCUUGCAGGUGAUGCACUACUUUCGUUAGCGUUUGAGCAUCUAGCCACACAAACCAUCGGGGUUGGACCACAAAGGGUGGUCCAUGCAAUAAGCGAGUUAGCGUCGGCAGUGGGUUCUUUAGGACUUGUGGCAGGUCAAAUAGUUGAUCUUGCUAGUGAAGGAAAACAAAAUGUUGAUUUGAACAAAUUGGAAUACAUUCACAUCCACAAGACCGCGAAGCUGCUGGAGGCUGCGGUGGUUGGUGGGGCGCUGUUGGGCGGUGGGAAGCCGGAUGAGGUGGAAAGGGUUAGACAAUACGCAAGGUGCAUUGGGUUGUUGUUUCAAGUGGUGGAUGAUAUAUUGGACGUUACAAAGUCAUCGGCCGAGUUGGGGAAAACCGCAGGUAAAGAUUUGUUGAGUGACAAAGCGACUUACCCGAAGUUGAUGGGGUUGGAAGGGGCCAAAGAGUUCGCAGGAGAAUUGGUUGCAAAAGCGGUGAAUGAGCUUGCUUACUUCGAUACCGGCCGGGCGGCACCGUUGUACCAUUUGGCACAUUAUAUUGCAUAUAGACAGAAUUAAAUUACAGAUGUUGUAUAGUGCAAUAUGGACAAGUUGAUCAGUGAGGGCCGAGUGGCCGACUGAUUUUAUGUUAUGUGUUUAUAAUUACCAGAAAAUAUAUGCGCUUUUCUAUUUAAGUUUUA